CUAAAAAUUCAAGCAAAAGAAACAUUUAUAGUUUGAUUGUGUGAUUGUUUAGAGAUGAGAAAAUUGUGUGAGGAUAUUGAAACACUUAUUGUGGUCUUUUUACUAGUGAUUGGGUUAACAGAAUGUCGAAAAAUAAGAGAAGAUGAAUUAGUGGAGGGCUUUGAAGGAAGUGGUUUCGGUAAUGGAGGAGGUUUUGGUAGAAGUGGUAGUGUUGGUGAAGGAGCAAAUGGAUUUGGAAAUGGACAUGGAGGUGGUGUAGGAGAUGGUGGAAUUAGGGGAGGGUAUGGAGGUGGGGAUGGUGGUGGCUUUGGAGGAGGAGUUGGUGGAGGUGAUGUUGGUGGAGGGCAUGAGAGUGUUAAAGGUAGAGGUGUAGGUGGUGGAGUUGGAGGAGGUGGUGGAAUCAAAGGGGGUGUUGGAGGUGUCAUAGGGGGUGAGCAUGGUGGUAAUGUUGAAGGAGGAGUUGGUGGAGGUGGUGCAGCAAGAGGUGGUGUUGGAGGAAGUAGUGGAACCACAGGUGGUGUUGGAGGUGGACAUGGUGGUAGUGUUGGAGGAGGAGGUGGUUCUAGUGGGGGCUUAGGAGGAGAACAUGGUGGAGGCAUUAAAGGAGGUGUUGGUGGAGAUGGAGGUGUUGAAGGCAGUGUAGGAGAUGAACAUGAUGGUGGCAUUGGAGGAAGUGAUGGUGGAGGUGGAAGUGCUGAAGCUGGCGUAGGAGGUGUACAUGGUGGUGGCAUUGGAGGAGGUUUUGGUGUAGGUGGAGGUGUUGGAGGUGGCGUAGGAGGAGGACAUGGUGGAGGUGGAGGUGUUGGAGGUGGACAUGGUGGUGGCAUUGAAGGAGGUGUUGGAGGUGGCAUAAGUGGUGGACAUGGUGGUGGCAUUGGAGGAGGUUUUGGUGGAGGUGGCGUAGGAGGAGGACAUGGUGGAGGUGGAGGUGUUAGAGGUGGCAUAGGAGGUGGACAUAGUGGUGGCAUUGGAGGAGGUUUUGGUGGAGGUGGACAUGGUGGUGGCGUUGGAGGAGGUGUUGGUGGAGAUGGGCGUGGUGAUGGCAUUGGAGGAGGUUUUGGUGGAGGUGGAGGUGCUGAAGGCAGCGUAGAAGGAAGACAUGGUGGAGGUGGAGGUGUUGGAGGUGGACAUGGUGGUGGCCUUGGAGGAAGUGUUGGUGGAGGUCUUGGAGGAGGUUUUGGUGGAGGUGGAAGUGUUAGAGGUGGCGUAGAAGGAAGACAUAGUGGUGGUGGAGGUGUUGGAGGUGGUGGCAUUGGAGGAGGUGCUGGUGGAAGUAGAGGUGUUGGAGAUAGACACGGUGGUGACAUUGGAGGAGGUGCUAGUGGAGGUGGAGGUGUUGGAGGUGGUAUUGGAAGUGGCUUAGGAGGAAGGGAUGGUGAAGGCAUUGGAGGAGGUGUUGGUGGUGGAUAUGAUGGUGGCAUUGGAGGAGGAGGUGGUGGAGGUGGUGAAAUUGGGGGUGGUAUUGGUGGAGGCUGUGAAAGUGGAAAAGAUGGAGGUGUAGGAGGUGGCAUAGGAAUGAAACAUAAUGGUAGUUUUGGAGGAGCUGAAGGUGUUGUUGGUGGGGGCUUUGGAAGUGGCAUUGGAAGAAUUGGUGAUGGGUAUUAAUUUAAAUAUUCCUUAAAUCAUGAUCUUAUGCUACGUAAUAUACAAUGUUAUAUACUAAUUAAAUAAAUUAGUGGGUUUUGUGAUGUUUAUCAUGGAUAAAAAUACAGGUUAAUUAAUAUAAAUUAAUGACAUAAAUUUUAGUCUUGUUAUAA